AUGAGUUCUUCAUCACAGAAUAUCAAACUAUUCGGUAAAUAUCCUUUCGACGGAGUAGAGUGCGCGGACUUUUCGCUUAUCGACUAUAUCAGCACAAAAGGUGUAGGCAGUUGCUACAUUCCUCACUCGUCUGGUCGCUGGAACAAGAAGAGAUUUAGAAAGGCUCAAUGUCCCAUUGUUGAAAGACUCGUCAAUUCCAUGAUGAUGCACGGAAGAAACAAUGGUAAAAAAUUGAAAGCUGUCAAAAUAAUUCGAGACGCUUUCGAUAUAAUUGCACUUUCCACUGACCAAAACCCUGUCCAGGUACUUGUUGAUGCCGUCAGACACGGUGGAUGCCGUGAAGAUUCUACCAGAAUCGGUUCAGCUGGUAUUGUCAGACGUCAAGCUGUCGAUGUAUCUCCACUCCGAAGAGUCAACCAAGCUAUUUACCUCAUUACUCAAGGUGCUAGAGCUAGUGCUUUCAGAUCCACUAAAUCAAUAGCAGAAUGUUUAGCUGAUGAAAUCAUUAACUGCUCUAAGAAAUCAACCAAUUCUUACGCCAUUAGAAAGAAGGAUGAAUUGGAAAGAAUCGCUAAAGUCAACCGUUAA